AUGAGCACAGUAGACCCCUGGUUCGAGCAUGCACGUGCACGUUUUGAGUCUGAAGAUGUUGGCGCUGUGCAACAUCAGAAUUUGGUUGUCUCGGGCUGCUUCCCACCAAGUAUGAUGUUGCGCAUCAUCUCUCCUGCCAGAGCUUGCCAGGGGUUUGCUUUCUUCUGCGUCCACAGCGAAGCCGGCUGCAAAGAUCGCACCCAUGUCUUUGUCGCAGUUGGCUACAUGUACGACACCUGGUUUUGCGGCUUCUCCUUGAGGUUUCAGGAGCACACAGACACGCCCUGUGGACAUAUCGCUCCAUUUGAGGCCCUCCAGCUCGGCUGCCGGUUUUCAACAGCCCUCCGGCGACCUCGGCGGGUGUGUCUUUCGGACACGCCUGCUCCGGUUUCUGGCAUCUUGCGUGCCAGUGUCCUCAGCAGUUAG